CACCUUACCGCCCACCCGGCUCCCCGCCCUCGCCGGGAGAGAUAUAUGCUGACGCCUCAACGAAAGGUCUUAACUGCAAAGUUGGCCCUCCCGGAGGUCGGUCUCCCCGCGGCUGCCCGCGAAGGAGGACUGGGGACUCCCGCCGCGCUGGGGCGUUUGCUCCCCGCUUUCCAGUCCCCCCUCUCCCGCUCCUCCAGGCGAGGACCAGGGGCUGCCGAGCUUUUCCUCUCCCCCGAUCCCCCCCCCCCGAAGAAAAACUAGCUGCUGGGCCCCCAAAAGAUCGACUCAACGGGAGAGAUGUUGAAGGUGCCACUUCUGCUCUGCGUUUUGGGAAGCGCGUCUCUCUGGGUGCUGGCAGAAGGAGCCAGCACUGUCCGACCUGAAGAUGGUGUGGUGACCCCAGGUGUGGAAGACGGCGCCGUGUCCCCAGGUGUGGAAGAUGGCACCGUGUCCCCAGGUUUGGAAGAUGGCGCUGUGUCCCCAGGUGUGGAAGAUGGCACCGUGUCCCCAGGUGUGGAAGAUGGUGCCGUGUCCCCAGGUGUGGAAGAUGGCACCGUGUCCCCAGGUUUGGAAGAUAACUUGGUGACUCCAGGUGCCAGUGAACAGCCCGAUAAGUCUGCUGGCUUGACAACUCAGGGACUGACAACUACAAAGAGUGUGACAGUCAUUCGCGUCACGGAUCGGACACCUCUAGAAAGCACAGAAGAAAGUCAGAAGACCACAGCCUCAAAUGUGGGAACUGGUCACUCUGAGAAAGUGGGUGGAGAGGCAUCGCCAACAGUUGAGAAUGAUGGUUUGACAACAGUAACCCUGGUUGGAAUCAUAGUUGGGGUCUCACUAGCCACUGCCUUCAUCGGUGGAGUCAUCUACAUGGUUGUGCGAAAAACGUCAGGAAGAUACACGCCCUAAAGGGCUAAAGGGUUGUGCCCUUCUGCCAACAUGUUUUACAAAGAGAGUUCCCUAUUUCAACCUGUCCCUGAGCCUUUCUGAGGAUAUGGCCUUUGGAAACGCUGCCCACUCCUGCUGAAAAUCCACGGUGAUUCCUCUACUUGCCAAAGUGACCAAAGGAAGGAAUUCCCAAGACUUGCUCCUCUAAGAAUUUGCCUUUUGAAACUCUUUUAAUAUAAAUUUUGUAAAGAGGAUUUUUAAAUGCAUAGAAAAUGGAGAAAAAUUAUAUAAAGGGAUUUGUAACUAAGACAGUAUAAUUCCAUCCAUGUUAGAAACUGUAAUUGCGUCUUUGUUCUAAACAUUCCCUGUAAUUGUUAAAAUGAAAAGGAAUCUUGAAAUAUUUAUACUGAUGGAGUAUUUGCGUCCCAUGCUGUGUCAGUAAACGGCACAAGCAUUUUGCAAUUUCUGAUCUGUUGAAAUGUACACAUUCUGGUCUAGUUUGUGUCUGUUUUUUUAAGUCCUAUGAAUAAUCAAGUAGAAAAUCUAAACUUGAGUAAUAUGUCAUGAGCAGCUGCCUUUAGCUGUUCCAGAUAAAUAAUUUCAAAGGCAUCCAUUUUAAUUCAUAAACAGGAAGUAUCUAUAUUUUGGGGAAGGCAUUUUGUUUCACACAAACAAGGCCACCAGACAGCCUCCCAGGCCCGCUUUACCACCUUCUUCAGCAACAAUUUGACAACUCAAAGAUUUCCUAGCUGCCUCCUUUAUGGGAUCCUGAGCUAAGGGAUGGACUGCUCUUCCCUAUGACAAAAAAUCUCCAGAUUGCUGCACUUUUCUUGAUGCCGAAGAGGCUCCUGGAUGCCCAAUUGUGCUAGAGGCUCAAGUGUUAUAACAUAUUCUUUCUGCCUCAAAGGAAAGAUAGAGAAGGGAAAAUAAGUUUGUACAAUAUUGAUUUUAAGAAAGUAGCUAGAUUUAAAGAUUUGAUUUUUAAAAAGAUAUUCCCAAUCUUUAUGACCUCCCACGCAUUUCUGUGGGAUCAUAUUGAAAAGUUCUGAAGAGGGAAGCUCGCAGCUCUAACUCAGCCCAUCUCUUCCCGAAGGUCAGCUGAAAUCUUUUCCUAAACAGAAAGUUUUCAUGCUGAGCAGAUGCACUGUUGUGAUUGUGGUUGUACAGUUCUGAUGUCCUCUAAACCCGUAAGAGUUCCUAAAACAGGAAAAGUAAACUGUUAGUCGGAAGCACAGCCUGUGCCUCCCAAUUUUUUUUUUUUUUUUUUGCAGUAAUGUGUGGGAUAUUGUUUUAAACAGUGGGCCCUUGGUUUACCCAAAUCCUGCUGGUCCACCAGCCAAGGUUCCAUAUUUGAAAAUCAGCUGAUCAAAGGAAGGGCUUAAAUCUUCUUCAGUUUCAUCAUUCAGAUCCCCAAAUGGGAGUUAGAAAUAAUACCCAUUUCUUCUUUCUUGUCCUUUCCUUUCUUUCCCCUCACUGUGAAAAAUAAUAAUCCAUCCCAAGUCAUACACUGGACCCAAUGCCUGCUGGGACAGGACUGUGGGUUUCUUCGUCAUGACUGUGUUGGUAGUCAAUGCAGUGUAGACAUGUUUUCAAAUAAAAGAGAUGAUUGGGUACA